GGACACCCAGAAAACCAAGUUGUGGCUGGCCGGAUUGCGGAAGUGGCAGACGGUGUCGUCUCCAUCAUGUUGGGGUCAACAACCGAAGUUGGACGUAUGGGAGCCUCCGGACAGCUACCGACCGCUCACCGUAUCAUCCACGGCAGCUUGCUCGCGGCGCCACAAUCGCUCGAGAACGAAAUCGCGAGCGUCGCGAGCACGAGACGGUAAGAAGAAGAAGCACAAAGGCGACGCUGUUGUGCCCGUUGUCGAGACCCGAUAGUGGUCCGGGAUGCGUCGGUUCUUGCACGAAAUCCUCUCGUUCGGCUCCGAUUCGUCCCACCGCCAUCAUGAAGCCCAGGAAACCGAGGAAGGGGACCGGCGCACCUCUGUGUCCGACAUGACGACCACCACCGUGGGACCCUCGGCUCACUCGCCGCCGCUCAGCGCCUCCAUCGUGGGCUUCGCCAUUGACCUGUACCGGCAGCUGGUGCUGCACACCGGAGCCGCAGGCAGCCACGGAGCCAGCGGCAAGGGCGCCGGGACUCCGGGCAACGUCGUCUUCUCGCCGUUCGCGGUGGCCGCGGCGCUGUCCAUGACGUUGGCCGGCGCCCGCUACGGCACAGCCAAAGAGCUCGAGGCUGCGCUGCACACCCGCGACGACGAGCAGAUCCACAGCCAGUUCGCGGCGCAGUUGGCGCGCAUCACAAGCCGUGCGCUGAAGGUCGUGUUCGAGGUGAACAAUCGCAUGUACAGCGACCUGCGCUACCCGGUCAUCGAGGGCUACCGAGCUUUCCUGCACGACACGUACGGUGAGGACACCGUGCGCACCGUGGACUUUUCCUUCCGCCACGGCGAGGUUCUCGCCGAGGCCAACGACUGCGUGGCCCGCGCCUCGUCCAACACAGUCCGCGACGUCGUCGGCUCGGACAGCUUCGGCCCCAAUACGGAGCUGGCGCUGGUCAGCGGGGCGUAUUUCUGUGGCGCCUGGGAGUCGCCGUUCCAGGUUGUGACAUUCGACGAAAGCGUCUACCUGUCGGAUGACGAAGUCAGGAGCGAACUGCGGAAACAAGGUUACGGCGAGGUAUCCUACUCUGUUCUCCAGCAGUUCAAGUGUGAUUUCCAAAGACGUAUUCGUGAAGAGAUCCGCAAAGGAGUCAACACGUCGACGCCUCUUGUAAACGGUGCACAGUAUGCUAGCGAACAAGCGAAAGGCUCCACUUCCAGCGCGAAACAAGCUCGUUUCGAUUCAUCGUCCUUGUUCGAUAACGUCACAUAUUCUUCAUGCUAUUCUUCACCCUACUACGAAAGCCAGCGAAGCGACAGCGGUUGUAAACAAGGGGACUACGUUACUACAGCCAAACCACCAAGGAAAGUUGUUCCUGCCCCGCGGAAUCACGUGAAGCCCGAAGCGAGUUCUUCCUGCUAUUCUACGCCUGCUGGUUCCUCCUGUGAACAAACGACAGCCUCAAGCAAGGGCAGCGAUCGCUCCGGCGAUGGGCUUGUCCCGCGCCUACUGCAUCGAAAAGUAUUGAGAUGCUGUAAUGGUCAUGCCUACAUCUCUGAACGGUCAACAUUGAGCACAGACUCUCAAGCACUUACAGGCAGCGUACUGGAGAGUUUCAAGGAAAACUAUUCCAACUUGGACGACACUCUGCCAAAAAGACUGAAGCCAGCCACACUGCCUCUGUUGAAGGGAGAACCCAUUCAUAAAGAUCUCAUCAAGCCACCAAAGGGGACCAUGCUUUCACUGCUCAAGGUUUCAGGCACAAAAGUCAUGUGGAACAAAGGCCCACAUAAGUGUGACCCUGUGACACGCUACCAUGAGUACAAGGCCUUCUGGGAGCGGCACAAGGCACCAGGCGAAAAGGCCCACAAGCAGCUCCGGUGGAACGUGCGUGCGCAGAUGCUACAACGAGACGACGUUGUGGCGUGUUCCUGGAGGCCGGCUAUCACAAAAGAACCACCUGCCACAAGGCUCAAGUGAAGCACAUUUUUCAUUUAUCAGUGCACAUAAGAUGUUAUCAUCUUCCGCAUCAUCCUUGCAGCGUAACAUGUACAUAUCGCAGUUCCAGUGCAGUUAGAAUGUAUGAAUCAUCAGAAUGUUAACAUUUCGUCCAAGAGUUUGUAACACAAGGUGCGAUUGGUACUAGUAUUCAAAACAAGGAAAUUGGUGAAGCAAGAUCGGCAUACCUUUUCCCAAAGUCGCUAAAUUUGUAUCGUAUUUGGUACACAUGUAAACGAAAGCAGCUUAUUCAAGCUGUUGUUUAUUAAAGCCGCCAGUGGCAUCAUUGAGCUUUGAUAUGGCUUCAAGCACGUCUUUGACAAAUUCUGCGUGAUGUCUUAUUGAUGCAGUACAUACUGCAGUCAUUUCAAAUUUGACACUACUAAUAGAAUGCAGAUCAGUAUUAGUCAGUAUCCGACACAUUGUUGAGUUUUGUUACUGAAAGAUUUGUGGAACUAAUGUCACGAGUGCGAAAUAAACAUACAUAGAGCCAUAUAAAGAAGAGUAUUGAUUCUAUUUUACGCAGAAAUUUUCGCUUUUUUCUUUUUGAAACUUUUCAAGUCUAUCAUAAGCAAGAUUUUAACAACAUUGCGUGAUGCACAGUGUUUCUACUAUACUAAUAAAUCGUUGAUUGA